CUUUUUUCCGGUAGUUUCCUUGGAUCUUCAUGCAACAUAUUUUAUUCCUUUAUGUACUAAAACUAUUCGCCCAAUCAACCACCCUGUGUGGAAGUAAUGAAGCGGGGCGUUGUAAACACACCUUUAUCAAAACAUUCCCGAGUGCCGUGUAGUUAACACAGAUUGUAAUUGUAAAUUUUCUUUUAAAAAUAUUUAUGUAGAAGCAGGAACUGAGCGAUUAUAUUCCUAAUGAGUCUUGUUUCUUCGUACUGGACCGUGCUGAGUCAUAAACAAGAACAAAAGCCAAACAACAGACGGAGCUGAAAACGAUCGCAGCUGAAAAAUGACCGAUUCCGGGAUAGAAUCUCCUGCCGCACCCGAAUGGUUGCUAAAACUCGAAAGCCGCCGUGAGCAGAUUAAAGCGAAACUAAGUCAUGAAAGUGGUAACGGUGCACCUUGUAACGUGUGCGGAAGUUCCUGUCCCGGGCUAGACUUACACUUUUGGCGUAAAAUCUGUCGAAACUGCAAAUGCCGCAAAGAGCAGCACGAUUGCAUCGACGAUGAUGUUAGUGGAUGGGCACAGUUUGAAAUUUUGGGUGCCAUCCGGUCCAAACCGGCAUAUAUCCGCAUUUCGGAACUUACUGAUAAGCCGGUACAGCUGGCUUGGGUGCCACCGAACGUUACGCCGGAACUGGCCUCGGACUAUAUGCGUACGCUGGGUCAACAGAACAUCCCGAUCGUUGGCAGUGAGGCGGCUGAAAAGCGUAAACAGCAGCUCGAAUAUCAAGUACCAGCGCACGAUCUUGAUACGAACCUGUGCCAUAAUCUAACGCCGUACGAAGCCGGACAGCUGAGUGAUUAUGUUGAGAAGAUUAAGACUCACUGCGUUGGUCAGGGCACGGUUAUGCGCAUUGGGGGUGAUACGGCUGGCAUGUUGCAGUAUGGCACGGUAGUACAGCAACCAACAGCGCAAACUGCUACAAUCAGUAACAAUACGUCCGCGGCGGGCAGUGAAUCGAAACGUCCUGACUAUAUGGAAAGUGGUGUGCUUUCUGACAAAAUGAAGUACAAACUGAACCUGAUGGGUAUCAGCAGUUCGGAAAUGGUGGCACAAGCGAUGCUGUACGAUCCGGCAACCGUGCUCAGUGGAACGGAUAAGAGCAUACCGGAAGCGAUCGUAAAAUUCCAUCAGGAAUAUCAAGCGAAUCCGAAAUUUCGUGCCGAAAUGGAUAAUUUCAAAGAUCGCUUACAGUUCCCGGGUCGUCAAACGGCCCACAGCGAGUCGGUGCCAUAUGGUGGUGCUUCGAUCGUACCGUCUGGUAGUAAUGAUUCCGGCUUCGGUUCGGUUCCGGUCACUCCUCGGGAGGACGGUCCAUCGCACGCGCAGCUGGUCGGUCCCAUGGAAGCGAUGGGAUUGGUGGGCGGUGAAAGUAUGCCUCCACCACAGCAAGCAGUGCGGGAUGCGGUUGCUAUGACAGCACAUCGCUGUACCGGCUGUUCGCUUCCCAUUGUCGUUGGCGAGGUAGCGGUAAAGGUUGAUCGUGCAAGUAACAGCGAUCGUUCGAUCUGGCACCCACAGUGCUUCAAGUGUAACCGGUGCGGUGAGCUGUUGGCCGAUCUUGUCUACUUCUAUCACGCUGGUGCCGUGUACUGUGGUCGAGAUUUAGCGGCGAUCCUGAAAAUACCGCGCUGCGCUGCGUGCGAUGAGCUGAUCUUCACCAAGGAGUAUACGGCCGCCGAGGGGGCAACGUUCCACGUGCGUCACUUUUGCUGCUACCAUUGCGAUGGACCGCUUGCAGGGCAGCAGUACGUGACGGAUGAGAAAUCGGCCCAACCGCUUUGCUUACCGUGCUACAAGGGACAUUAUGCGCAGACUUGUGCGACGUGCAAUCGGUGCAUCGGUCCGAUGGAACAGGGCGUCGGUUGGGACAAAAUCCACUGGCACAAGGAAUGUUUUCUUUGCAGUGGUGUACACUGCCGAAAGUCGCUCAUUGGCGGACGGUUCUGUGUUAAAGCGAACCGUCCGUACUGCAGUGCCCAGUGCACGAAGGACGUCUAGCGGGGAAGUGUGUCAGCCAUGAAGCGUGCCGAUUGCCAUAGCAAACGAUGGAGAAGUUUAAAAUCUUCCUUAAUACGUAAGCGAGACCCGUAGUGUGGAUUAUUAUUUGGUAGUAAUGAAAACAGAAUGCAUUUAACAGAGUUGAUCACUUGCAGCCUAGUCGAAAGAUAUACGAUCUUUUUUUU